GAAUGAUAUCAUUUGAACAUGAUGGAGCACACCAUUUACUAAUGAUAGGAGGAGUAGGAUCUAAACCAGCUGUACAAAUAGAUCUACGUAAGUACCGGUAUUGUGAAUUACUCAAUGGAAAAUGGCGUACCAAUGAGCACUCAAUAUAUGAUAUAUCAUCAAGAAGAUGGAGUAAUCCUUCGAUCACUGGUCAGUGUAUACCACCUGUUAGUGUCUUCAUCAUUGAAAAGAUUAACAACACUAGAGCUAUUAUGUUUGGUGGACGAGAGAUUGAUUAUGAUGGUGGGGAUAGUUUCACUAACAAUAUUUAUAUAUUAGAGAUAUCAAUCAGCACUGUGUUCUGGCAGUGUAUUAAGAAACCUAUAGCAAUAGACCAAUGGCCUGUGGGUAGAUGGGAUCAUGCAAGUGCUAUUAUUAUAACUGGAUCAGACUGUCCUAUGCUAGUGAUAAGUGGUGGGGAGGAUAAGGACAGGGAUGUAUUAGAUGAUUGUUGGAUCUUUAACAUCACACAACAUUCCUGGAUAAAGUUAGAUGUACCUCAAUCUGUUAGUGAGAGAUAUGCUCAUUCUCUCUCAGUGUUCAUUAUGAGUCCUCAUUGUGUUUGGAUGAUAACUGUUGGAGGAACUGUUUAUAAUGGAUACAUCACUAAUCCUAACAUUGUUAUGUUAACUGAACUAG